UUUCCGCGAUGUAUUGUUCCUCACGAAACUGGGCUCUGUUGUUUGACAAAACAAUAACAGGCAUCAGAUUGAAACUUUGGCACAUUUGUACAGAAGAAUGAGAGGCCGCAAAGCUGAAUUCUGUGAAACAGGCCAGACAACACUGUAAUGGAAAAGGUUGCUGCGAUGAGAAACUUGCAAUUGCGAAGCAUACUUUUCUUCAUCACUUUCGUCAUUUUCAUUUCACCAAUGCAUACGUUGAAUUGCCCUCGUGAAACAGAUUCACCGGUUCUCAGAAUUUUUGUAAACCCCAAAGAAAUAGUGAAAGGCCAAACAAAAAACGUUACACUUUCAUGCUUGGUCAAGCUGGGGUUUGCAGGAGGGCCAGUCACGAAAGCAGAGCUGUGGAUAUCAAAGUAUAAUAGUACUGCAAAAUUGAGAACAAUUCCUCAUUAUAAUUGGUAUAAUCGACAACCUUUUAAUCUGACAUUGGCAUUUGAAACUGAGGAGUUUGGUAACGAAUCCCGGCUGGAAGCUCAUUGCUAUGGACACAAAUUAACUGAUAGUUGCACCAAAGAAAGUGUCGUUAUGGUUUUGUUAGAAAGUACUCCAACCAGUAGGACAGAACAGGGGAUGAAAAAAGCAGACUUUGGAUCGUAUACAGACAUAAUAGCGAUAACCGUGGCUGCGAUUGCCUUGGUUUUUUGUAUUUCAUUGGCAUUGUUUUUGUGCAGUAGACGACGCAAUGGCGGCCCCCCUUCUCAAGCUGUUCUCACCCCUUUGGAACAAGAUCUCGACCCUGUUGGACCCCCGGAGACAGACGUGACAACUGUUGCUGCAUAUGAAACAUACGAAGAAAACAAAGAAGAAGUUGUGUGCAUUAAAGAAGACUUGUCUGUUCGAAUACCUAACCCUCCAACUACCCUUGGUGCUGGAAAAUUUGGCUCGGUCAUCUUAGGUCAUAUGACUUGCAAAGAUGAAGAUGAAUUAGCUGGAUACGUGGCUGUCAAAAUUCUUAAUGAUUUCUAUAACCCAAGACACAGAAGUGAUUUCCAGAAUGAGAUACAAACACUUUCUAUGCUAGAACAUCCAAACAUUGUAAAAAUGGUUGGUUUUCACAUAACAGACCAUAAAUUUUAUAUUGUAAUGGAAUAUUUGGCAAGGGGCUCAUUGCUAACUAUGCUGCAGCAGGAAGGUGAUGCUCUUGGCAUCAAGUUUUUAUUAAAAGCUGCUUACGACAUUUCUCUUGGCAUGGAAUAUCUGGCUGGCAAGCAAAUCAUUCACCGUGAUUUGGCAACAAGAAAUGUAUUGAUUGCUGAUGACGAUUCUGCAAAGAUUGCUGACUUUGGCUUAGCACGAUGCGUUGAAGAAACUGGCGAAUAUAAAACCAGCAAGGGAUACAUGCCAAUUAAGUGGGUAGCACUUGAAACUCUAGAAGGUGAACGUUAUACCAUGGAAAGUGACAUAUGGUCAUACGGCAUAAUUCUUUGGGAAAUCUUUUCAUUUGGGGCUGAUCCAUACAACGAGAUUCUUUCAGACCGUAAUGCAAAUGUGUUUGAUUUGAGGGAUUUUUUGAAAUCUGGAAAAAGACUGAAUAUGCCUAAGGCAUGUCCAAACGGAGUAUGUGACAUCAUGAGAAGGUGUUGGUCUCCUUUCGCCAACCAAAGACCGCCAUUUACGGAAAUAGAAAAGUCGAUGCAACGAUUUUUGGAAGAAUAUGAGAGUGAGGAAUUGCAGAACGCAGAUAAUGUGGCACAGAAACUUUUUGCAAAUUGUUAAUGGACAAAAGUCAACAGGUUUUCUCACGAUUCCUGUUUUUUGUCGCCUCAACUUUAUACCAACGUUUUUAGAAUGCAAAGUGAUUCUUACCUUGAUAAGCUUGUAACUAAUUGUUCGUCUAUUCAAACGAAGCCAAUGGCAAAUUGAUAAUGAAGUUUUCUUUGUGAUGAAAUGUAAUUUUUUAGCAAUCGGAAAUUGGUAAGCUCAGGUAAGAGUAUGAGUAAUAUUUUACAACAAUAAAAUGAGAGAAAUACUUUACCUAUCCUAAUUAAUUAAAAAACCAUUUUCAAGUAAAUUUUGAAUUGUAUUGUAAUAGUAAAAUUAAUACUAGCUUUGUAUGACCCAUACAGAAGAAAGAAUCUAGGUGCAAAGUCACUUAAGAACUUUCUUUGGGUACCAAUCAACAGGCAAUCGAAUCAGCAGCCAACUCUCCAAGUGUUAGUGAAUACCAAAAAAGCCCAGAUCAAAUGGCUACAAUGUAACUUAAAUCUGAUUCUCUGUCAGCAGAUGAGUUCCUUUCGGAUUCUAAAUUGAUUCUGCAAGCCUUCCUUUAAACUUAACAUAUGUAUAUACAUCAAAAUUCGCAAAUUAACUUAAGCUGCCAAAAAAUGUCCUUUUUAUUCUAGAUGCAUUAUCGGACAUCCUAUAAUCGUUUUGGAUGGUCUUGUUUCCCUUUGCUUACAAUCAGCGAAAAACUGGUUACUUAAACCGAAUUAUGUCGGUUAUUUGACAAUAGGAAGUGACGCCAGGCUAACUCACGAAGAUCGAUAUUACAUUUAGUUUGUCUCAAACUCAAAUUGAAUCGGAGAUGCAAAUUGAAUAUAGAAUGAUUAGAUUGUAGUUAUUAUGAUGCAAAUCGAAUCAAUCUAUCACCUACUAUCUAUUCUAUCGUACAACGGCGAUUCGAUUAUCAGCCUCUGCUCUAAUGGUAUAAACGGAUAUUUUCUGACUUAGAGCACAAAGACAGAGUAUCUAAAAGUGUCUUAAGAUAACUCUGAAUUAGAUUUAGUAAUUUUAUUACUUUACCAUUGUGUGAUUUGAGUGUUUUAUCCAUCUUAUUCAUUUUGCUCAGCCACUUUUUGUGAUAACUAUCACUGACUCCACCUUUUAUGAUUGGAAUUUCAUCAGAUUACGCCAACACUUUGAGGAAAUCUCUGCGACCAAUUUAGAUCCAAAUUUGGAACAGUGAUUCUUUAUUCGGAAACUUUGUUUUCGCACAGAUGUAUAAGCAUUUAACUUUGCGUCAGUUUCACUUCAAUUAUUUCUGGAAUAAUGUUUCGUAGAUCGUCUAAUUUAUUUCAAUUUUGAUUAAUCGUAUAAAGCUAUGUCUAAA